AUGGCUGAAGGAACAGACGCAGGCUUGACUCCAGUGAAACUACAGUCGCCGUACGACCGAGAAGACGGGGAUGUCAUCCUCCGGUCUUCCGACGGGGUGUCCUACAAGGCCCACCGUGUCAUCCUGACCAUUGCCUCUCCAGUUUUCGCAGAUAUGUUCAGCCUUCCACAGCCCACAGCCUCGCAUCAAGCCGCUCCCGCGCCAGUUGUGGACUUGGUGGAGAGUAGCAGGACAUUGCGCGCCCUGCUAGAUGCAUGUUAUCCCAUUGCGGACCCAGAUCUGAGUGAUCUCGAUGUCGUUCAUCAGGCACUCGAUGCUGCGAUGAAGUAUGAGAUGGCCAAACCUGCUGGGCUCAUCAAGCGUGCGUUACAAGACUUCGUGGCAAGUGAACCGCUGCGUGUCUUUGCGAUCGCCUGCAGGCUUCACCUCGAAGAAGUAGCAAAGGCCGCCGCCGCUCAGGCAUUUUCACUCGGCAUCUUCGUUCUAUGCUACCCUUACACCCCCGAGUUGGACCAGAUCCCCGCUGCAUGCUAUCGCAAGCUGUUGCACUAC